AUGAUUGAUUUAUUACCAUCACGUGUGAUGCGUGCAUUUGGUUCGGAAGUAUCUUAUUCGGAUGCAGUAUCAAGUGUAAAUAAAUUUAAUGCACGCCUUUUACGUGAACGACGUAUUCGUUUGCGUUUACCAUUUGUUGAUUCACAAACGCAUAUCAUUCAAACACCAACACAAAAUCACCUAUGGAAACAUCCAACUCAACGUCUUAUGCCAACUCGUCAUGAUCAAGUAGCAUCAUACGCUAGAAAACAGUGGCAUAAAAAAAGACCCAAUCCACCAUCUUCUAUAGCACAAUCUCAAUCGGCAACAACUGUAAAUGGUACUAAUGAACAACCAUCUGAUCCAUCGCCUAUUAAAAAUGGGCCUGUCAAUGGAGUAAUACCAACACUGAACGAAGAUGAUCCACGUAUUCUUGUACGAGCUGGCGAUCUGGGAAUGUCAGAUGCAGAUGUUCAUGCUAUUGCUACUGUUGAAAAUCCAAGUAUGUCAGGUGGUCGAUUUACAGGUGGAUCUAGUGAUGAUUCAUCACAAUCAUCGGUACCACCGAUGACUGGUCUUGUGCAACCUCAACAACCUCACUGGCCGCAACAUAAUACAGCGCAUAAUCAUCAUCAUCUUCAUUCAAGUAAUUAUGUUCUUGAUGGUGAUGAUGAUCUCGAUGAUUUUGAUUAUGAUGAUUAUGGUGGUGGUAGUGGACCAGGCACACCUGGUGGUCCAGCAUCACCUGUGUCUGCAACCACAACACGUUCUAAACGUGGUAGUUCAACAAAGCGAUUGUCACAAACUGGUGCAAGAAAGAGUGGUGGUGGCAGUUCUGGUAGUAGUGGAAUGAAUAAUAAUACGCCUCCAACUGGUAACCGCCGUCAACAAUAUACAUUGGCUGAAUUACCAUUCGUCUGUGAAUUUUGUCCAGCACGUUACAAGACAAAACCAGGUCUACAAUAUCAUUUAGCUAAACAUAAAGAAACAAAUACAGAUUAUCGACCAUCACCAACAACACCUUCGACAGCUGAUAGUGGUGGAUCAUCAUCAUCAUCGAAUGCACCACCAACGCUUAUGAAACCAAAAUAUAUGAAUCCACCUCAUGACCAACAACAACAUCCAAUGUAUUCGAAUCAACCUCCAACCGGUGGUCCUAUGCCACAUAAUAAUCCUGGUGGACAUUUACCUCCGCCUGGUGGUGCUCCUCCGAAUAUGUCGGGACCUCCUUAUCAAAUGAAUCAACAUCACCCACAACAACCACCAAUGUAUCCAAUGCCGCCGCAAUCAUAUCAUCAAGGAAUGCCUCCAUCAGCGUCAAUGCCACUUACUGUAGCUGCUCUAUCUGGUUCAUCACCUGCAAGUGGUGUACCACAUUAUUCUCAACAACAACAACAACAACAGCAGCAGCAGCAACAACAACAACAACAACAAAUGAUGCAUCAACAGCGUAUGAUGAUGAUGCAACAGCAGCAAAUGAAGCAAUAUCAGCAGCAGCAACAACAACAACACCAACAGCAACAUCAACAACUACCAAAACCACCUAAUUCAAUGGCUACUACAGCAGCAGGUAUUACUACUGGUAUUCAAUGCGAUUUCUGUGGUGGCGAUGAACAAGAAAACAAAACAACUAAAUUACCAGAACAAAUGAUAACUUGCAAAGAUUGUGGUGGUUCUGCACAUCCAACGUGCCUUAAAUUUACUCCUAAUAUGGUUCGUCAGGUUAAAACUUAUGCAUGGCAAUGCAUGGAAUGUAAAACAUGUACAGAAUGUGGUAAUUCUGAAAAUGAUUCAGAACUUUUAUUUUGUGACGAUUGUGAUCGUGGUUAUCAUAUGUACUGCUGUUCGCCACCUCUAUCGAAAGCACCUGAAGGUGAUUGGCGUUGUAAAUUAUGCUGUGCACAGUUUGGCGAACUUCAAUCUUGA